AUGGCACGGCCCGAUGUCUGCCACCUCGAGCGUUUGCAGCAUGAGCCUUUCUGGGAUCAUGUCCCGAUCAUACAGAGGGAUUGGAAUAUCCCGCCGGAUUGUGCGCCCGGGGCUGCCACCCUGCUGGGUGCCGAUGGCCUGGACUGGGCGAUCGAUGCGAUGCACCUGCCAUCCCUGAUGUCGUACGUGCAACCCCUGGCCUACCAAUACUAUGCCGAUGCUGUGGAGCGAACAGAGAGGAUCGGCUGGCGCUUCCCUUCCUGGCGCUCGCGCGACCCUUCCCUGGUAGAGUCGAUGACCCUCUCCAGUGGUCUACACACCGCGUGGCAUUCCUUCCAAGAGGCGUUGAAGUCCGCGCCCCGCUGUGGCCGCCGCUGCGCCGGCGCGGCCCUGAUUGGCGAAGCGUUGCAGGUGUUGCACGAUGCCCUGGCGCGGCCCUCCGAGAGGCCUCCUGAGGCCGAGGCCCUCGCAGCAGCAGUGGGGGCUGCGUGGCCCCAUCUUCAUGAGGAGAGGGUGCCGCUGCUGCAAAUCAUGUUGCUCUUGCCAGAAGUUGCCUCGGAAGCCUUCGCCGAGGAUGCAGACGCCUGCUCUUGGGAACCUCUUCGGAUGCUUCUCUCGGCCUCGAAGUGCCAGGCUGCGGCGAAGAUCGCUUUGGCUUCGGCUCCUGUCGCCCAGUGCCUCCGGACCCUGCGCCCGCUUUGGGAGCUUGGGGUAAGUUGCCUCGAGGGCUACCAGCCCCUCUUCCUUAGCAGCCAGCGACGACUGACGCAUGUCCUCUGCGAUGAGGCGGUCCUUGGUGUGCCGCUGCUGGACUCGCAGGUGAUGAUGCACAUUCAUGGUGCCGCUGGGUUCCUGCAGGAAGACUCCGCUGGCCAGACUUGGCUGCGGCUGGAGGUCCUCCAUUUCAUGUCCAGCCUCGACGGUGCUGUCCGCUUGACGGUCUAUGGCCAUCUGAAGAAGGAUCGUGGCUACUAUGCGCAGGCAUUGACGUUGCCCAUUGGCCUCCUCCUGCGCUGGCGCUGCCGGCUGUCGGACGACCACAUCAGGGCGAAGGAUGCGCGGCUAGUCUCCUUCUUCGGCUACGACGCCAUCAUCUAUUGUGACAUUCCCAUCGAGAGGGAGCGGGAGCAGGUGGACCUACUUGAGAUCAGGCCGGAGCUCCUCGUAACUCCAGGAGCGUGGACGCCGCCGCCGUUGCGGCUGUGUUCCGCGAUGAGGCCAAAGUGGCGCCUCACCGCCUGCACCCAGCCCUUGCACACCUUCGAGAAGAUGGAGGCCCUUGCGCCCAACCUGCUGGCCGAGUUUUUAGACUACCACUUCCUGCUAGGCAUCGAGCACAUCACUGUGUUUGAUGCCGAUGGUUCAGUCGAAGAGUCAUUGAGACGUUACGAAGCAAAGAACCCGGGUCGCGGACAGAUCGACUACGUGAGCCACUGGCCCCUUCGUUUCGGCGCGGCGCACGCGCCUCGUGGAUCGGAGAACUGGCGUCCCCUGCUCUUCGAAGUCGAAGCAGAGAAUCACUGCUUGUGGGGCUAUCGAGGGCGAGCAGACUGGGCCGUCGUGCUGCAUUCACCAGAUGAAUUCCUGCAUGUCGUCCAUGACCCGGGCGAAGGGUCCUUGUCACGGUUUCUGGCACGACUGGAGGAGCACCGCAACACAGUGUCCCAUGUGGAAGUUCGGCAGGUGCUCUUCGGAGGAGCGCCCCAGGAGGACGCCACCUCCAUGCCGGGCCGUUUUCUGUACCGAGAGGAGGGGAGCGGCGCUGCCCAAACAGCUUCUCACACCAUCAUCGCCAAUGUGGAGAACUUUGCGCAAGCAGGCGUCCACACCGCGAGGCCCCGGCCGCCUUUGCCCGGAGAGGCCCCGCUCCGCAUCGUGGCCGCCGACCCGCUGCAGGAGCUGCGCGUGAACCACUACGUCAAUGCCUUGGACCGCGAGCGCUGCGGUGCCAAGUACUGUGCUUCUUUCGAUGACUCUGCGCUUUGGGCCGAGGCGGCACUGAGA